AUGCCGUGGGUCAAUCUCGAUACGAACGCGCUCAAGAGCAGCACCCUAUUCGAAGAAGGCAGCGGCUCCUUCAAGUUCCUGGAUCUCACGCGACAGCAGCGUCUCAUUGGCUUCUGCGCAUGUCUGGCCGGAGGCUUUGCCAUCUCGCUCGUCGGCGCGGUUCUGUUCACAUUUGGCCAGAUCACGUCGUUCGCAUUGCUUUAUGUCAUCGGCAUCGUCGUCAGCUUGGUCGGCACGGGGUUCCUGAUAGGCUUCUUCAAGCAACUCAAGCUCAUGUUUAAGCCAGAACGGAUAGGGGCUGCACUCAUCUUUCUGGGAUCAAUUGCGAUGGUGUUUGUGAGCGCCUUCAUUUUGCACAACGAUUUGCUGGUCAUCAUCUUUGCUAUCGUCUCUUACGUCGCGUACAUAUGGUACGCACUGAGCUAUAUACCGUACGCAAGGGGCAUGGCAAGCAAGAUAGUGCAUUCGAUCGUGUAG